GAGUGAAAGAAUUUCUCACGUGGCCAAAUGCCAAGCCAAUAUUUGGGGCACGUUUUUUAUGCUUUUUAUUUUUAUCAAAUACUCUCCUAUAACAAACCAUCUCUUUAUUUUUAUGAUUUGAUUUAAUUCUUGGAUGGAAUAGUAGUCUCUCCUCCUGGCGGCUAUCGGAAGCGGAGUGCAGCUCGUACGUUCAACUUUCUCCGAUGGCCACUUCUGAACCACAGUCGGAUUCUCACAAAACUCCAACGGGUGACUCAAUUCGGAGCGAAGAACAAAUUACGAUUUUCCAUAAUGGACAAGUUUUUGUUAGCGACGUGACGGAACUUCAGGCUAGGGCCAUAAUUUUGUUGGCAGCUAGAGAAAUGGAAGGAAGAGACAGAUCGAUGUGGUCCAGCGCAGCAUUGCUUGCCUUUCACUCUCGAAUUUAUGGGCCUCCAGGUGUCUCCCUGAAGAGGUCUCUUCAAAGCUUUCUCCAAAAGAGAAAGCAAAGAAGUCAAGCAGCUUCUCCAUACAACUCCACCACCAACCUAUGAGUAUAGGCUGGUUUGGUAUUGAUAUGCUUUGAAAAAAAAAUUGAUUCUGCUAUGUUGUGAGAAUAAACUCAUUUUUGUUGCUUCACGUUUUUAGCUUUUUUUCCGUCCAAAACUGUGAAAAUAAGUUGUUUUUAAGUGUUUACCAAACAUCUUUUUUAGCUUAGCUUUUUUUUUAUACCCACUUUUUAUAAAAGUACCUUAGUACCAAACUAGUACUAUAUCUCAUCAAAUAUUAUUUUAUUAUUUUAGGUGCUGUUUAAUUAAUAUUAGAGAUCAAUUCAUGUAUCUUUUUCAUAAGAACUCAUAGUGAUGCACUGCGUUUUAACCACUUUUAAUAAUGUUUAUUUUUCAUAGUUUUCUAGCCAUUGAACUUGGCCAUUGUAUGUAAGUAUUCCUUUUUUGAGCCGUUGUACCUAGCCAUUGUAUGUAUUUCAUUGUAUGAACA